CCCUUGUCAGUGUCUGAAUUGAAAGCUCGCGACAUCUUAGUCAGGUUGACUGACUUUGAAUGUGUCAAAUACGUUUACAGAGCUGAUCAUGAAGACUCUAGGAUUGAGCUGAAAUAAACAGCUUAAAAACUCAUUCUUGUGCCAACUGAACUGGUACUACCAACCCAUCAACUAGCAAUGGGUGCGUCAAGUUUGAUUCUCCUACUGUCUUGUAUAACCAUAAGCCUUCUUCAUCCCCUAACUUCCGCUCAAUACUGUCCCUACCCGGGCAAUUUCACUAGUAACAGCAUAUACGCCAGAAACCGCGACCGAAUCCUCUCUUUGCUCCCCAGCGCCAUCAACGAUAACCAUGGAUUUUACAACUCUACCCUGGGGCAAGGCUCGGACACUGUCUAUGCUCUUGCGCUCUGCAGGGGUGACCUAUCUAACCAGAGUUGUUCAAAUUGUGUCAAUCUCUGCAGCCUGGCUAUAAUAGCUUCCUGUCCUAACAAAAUAGAAGCAAUUGAUUUCGGGAACCCUUCUCAGUGUAUUGUCCGGACCUCUAACAAGUCAUUGUUCGGGGCCAUGGAUACCCGACCAGGGCGAAUCGUUUAUGAGGAAAGUAACAUUACAGGCCAUGUCAAUGAAUUCAAUCAGGCUUUGAAUAAUUUGGUUGACAGGCUUGUAAUCAGGACUGCUGCGGGUAAUUCUUCACUUAAGUUUGCAACGGGGGAGAAAAAUUAUACUCGGUAUCAGAAUAAUACUGUGUAUGGACUUAUGCAGUGUGUCCCUAGCCUUUCAUCGGUUGAUUGUACCAGAUGUCUAAGGGCAUCGGUGGAUUACAACCAGAAAUAUUUUCCGAGGACACGAUCAGUGAUUAUUCUGAGACCAAGCUGUAUUUUUCAGCAUGACUUGUCGCCGUUUUUGGAAUCUUCAGCUGGUGCUGAACCACCACCACCAGCCCAUCCGGUGGCGGAUACUUUUGCUCCUCCUCCGCCAUCAACCAACUUGACAAGGAAUGAAGAUAAUAAGAGUAGGACGUUGCAGCCAACUACUAUCAUCGUCGUCGCAGUGAGUAUCUUUUUGGUACUCACUGUCCUUGUCUGUGCCUUGCUCCACUUAAGGAAAAGAAAAGGAAGGUCUACAGUGAAGCAAUUAGUUGAAAGCGGCACAAAUGAAGAUUUGCCAUUGUUUGAUUUCAACACCAUUGUUGCAGCGACAGACAAUUUUUGUCUUGAGAACAAGCUAGGUCAAGGAGGCUUUGGUCCAGUGUACAAGGGUCGGCUACCUAAUGGACAGGAAAUAGCUGUCAAAAGGCUAGCAAAAAACUCAGGACAAGGGGUGGUGGAAUUCAAAAAUGAAGUUACCCUGAUUGCCAAACUCCAGCACAGGAAUCUUGUGAGGCUGUUAGGAUGUUGCAUUCAAGGAGAAGAAAAAAUGUUAAUCUACGAAUAUUUGCCAAACAAAAGCUUGGACUCUUUCAUCUCUGGAUCUCUGCUAGACUGGAGAAAGCGCUUUGAUAUUGUUUUGGGGAUUGCUCGAGGGAUGUUAUACCUUCAUCAAGACUCAAGAUUGAGAGUAAUCCACAGGGAUUUGAAAGCAAGCAAUGUUUUACUUGAUGCUGAAAUGAAUCCAAAAAUAUCAGAUUUUGGUAUGGCUAGAAUAUGUGGAGGGGACCAAAUUGGAGCAAACACCAAUAGAGUGGUUGGAACAUACGGUUAUAUGGCUCCUGAGUAUGCGAUGCAGGGCCUAUUUUCCAUAAAAUCUGAUGUCUUUAGCUUUGGGGUUUUAUUAUUAGAGAUCGUUAGUGGCACAAAGAACAGCGGCUAUUAUCGAGACAACUCCAUGACUUUGAUUGGGCAUGCGUGGGACUUGUGGAGAGAAGGCAAAGCCUUGGACAUAGUUGAUUCGCUAUUGUUGGGAGAUGGUCAUGAGUCAUUUCUAGCUUCUCAAAUGCUGCGGUGCAUUCACAUCGGACUGCUGUGUGUGGAAGAGUCCGCUACUGAUCGGCCAACCAUGUCAGAUGUUGAUUUCAUGCUAUGCAAUGAAACAGCCUUGCUUCCUCCCCUUAAGCAACCUGCAUUCGUAAUGAACAGUGUUACAAGCGGUCCAGACUCAUCGUCAACUACUAAUGGAGCUGCUCCUUCCCUUAACGACGUUACAGUUAGCUCGAUCAAGGCUCGUUGUGCACCUAAUAAUGCUGCGAGUGACUUGGUCAAUAGGCGGGGUCAUGACUCGCGAAGCAGGGUUAUGGCAAGUCGUGGUGGGCCUGACCUGAUGGGAAAUGCAGGAGAAUUCCCAUCAUGUAUUGGUUUCUGUUUAUUGUCCCAUCAUGAAUUCCCAUCUCCGUCAAACAUUAUAGGGCUGUUUAUGAUCAGGAUUCGAUCCGAAAAAUUCGAUAAUGUUGAUCCGAUAAUUCGAAUUCGCAUCAAAAACUCAUUCUUGUGCCAACUACGUACUCAACUAGUAAUGUGCAAGUCAAGUUUGGUUGUCCUACUUUCUUGUAUAUUCACAAGCCUUCUCCCUCUAACCGCCGCCCAAUAUUGUUCCUAUCCAGGCAAUUUCACUAGUAACAGCACAUACGGUACAAACCGCAACCGGAUUGUCGCGUCGCUCGUGCAGAAUGUCCAUGACAACGUCGGAUUUUACAACGCAACCCUGGGGCAAGGCUCGGACACUGUCUAUGCUCUGGGACUGUGCAGGGGCGACCUUUCUAACAUCACUUGUAUUUACUGUAUCAGUAAAGCGAGCCUGGAUAUAAAAUUGCAGUGUCCUAACAAGAUAGAAGCAGUUGCUUAUGGAGACCCUUAUCCGUGUAUUAUCCGGUACUCUAACGAGUCCUUUUUUGGGGCCAUGGACAGCCGACCAGCCAGAUUCCUACAUGGUGCAAGUAACAUCACAGACCAUAUCAAUGAAUUCGAUCAGACGUUGAAUGAUUUGGUUGACAGGCUUAUAAUCAGGGCCACUGCGGGUAAUACUUCGCUUAAGUUUGCAAUGGGUACGACAAAUUAUACCCAGGAUGAGAAUAAUACUGUGUAUGGACUUAUGCAGUGUGUCCCUGUCCUUUCAUCGGUUAAUUGUAGCAGAUGUCUAAGGGGAGCGGUGGAUGAUUACCGAAGUUGUUGUCUGAGGAAAACAGCAGUGAAUAUUAUGAGACCCAGCUGUUUUUUUCAGUAUGAUUUGUCCCCGAUUAUGGAAUCUUUUGGUGGUGCAGCACCCCCGCCGCCAGCCCCUCCCCCGGCACGCACUUUUGCUCCUCUUCCGCCAUCAAGCAACGUGAAUCCAAAGCAAGAUAAUAAGAGUAGCACGUUGCGGCCAACUAUUGUUAUUGUUGUUGUUGUUGCAGUGAGUAUCUCUUUGGUACUCACAGCCCUUGCCUGUGUGUUGCUCCGAUUAAGGAAGAGAAAGGAUGUCAGAAGAAAGGGGAGGACUACAUCGCAGCUAUUGGAUGAAAGAGGAACGGAUGCAGAUUUACCAUUGUUUGAUUUGAUCACCAUUGUUGCAGCGACGGACAAUUUUUCUCUUGCAAACAAGCUAGGUCAAGGAGGCUUUGGCCCAGUGUACAAGGGUCGGCUACUUAAUGGACAGGAAAUAGCUGUCAAAAGGCUAGCAAAAAACUCAGGACAAGGUGUAGAGGAAUUCAAGAAUGAAGUUAGCCUGAUUGCGAAGCUCCAGCACAGGAAUCUUGUGAGGCUGUUGGGAUGUUGUAUUCAAGAAGAAGAGAAAAUCUUAAUCUAUGAAUAUUUGCCAAAUAAAAGCUUGGACUCUUUCAUAUUAGGAUCGUGCCUAGAUUGGAGAACACGCUUUCGUAUUGUUUUGGGGAUUGCUCGAGGGAUGUUAUACCUUCAUCAAGACUCAAGAUUAAGAAUUAUCCACAGGGAUUUAAAGGCAAGCAAUGUAUUACUUGAUGCUGCAAUGAACCCAAAAAUAUCGGAUUUUGGUAUGGCUAGAAUAUGUGGAGGGGACCAAAUUGAAGCAAACGCAAAUAGAGUGGUUGGAACAUUUGGGUAUAUGGCUCCUGAGUAUGCGAUGCAGGGCCUAUUUUCCAUAAAAUCUGAUGUCUUUAGCUUUGGGGUUCUACUACUAGAGAUCGUUAGUGGCACAAAGAACAGCAGCUAUUAUCAAGACAGCUCCAUGACUUUGAUUGGGCAUGCGUGGGACUUAUGGAUAGAAGGCAAAGCCUUGGACAUAGUUGAUCCAUUUCUGAGAGAUCAAGAGUCAUUUCCAGCUCCUCAAGUUCUGCGAUGCAUUCACAUUGCUCUCUUGUGCGUGCAAGAAUUUGCUACUGAUCGGCCAACCAUGUCAAAAGUAGCUUUAAUGCUAUGCAAUGAAACCGCCUUGCUUUCCCCUAAGCAACCUGCAUUCAUAGUGAAGAGUGUAGAAGGGGUCCAGACUCAUCAUCAACUAGUGCUGGAAACUGCUUCUUCCGUCAAUGAUGUUACACUUAGCGCCAUCCAUGGUCGUUGAAGGCUCCAGCUAAUGGACUCCAAGCAAAAUGAAGGUGGGUCUACAGGAGGAUUUUUGAACAUAGUAAGAUUUGUGCCUUCACAUCUUUUUCCCUUUAAUAAGUUGGAGGGAGAAAAGGGUAAUGGUUAUUUGUGAUUCUUGAGAAGAUAUUCCAAAAGGCCGUGGAUACCAUGACUAUGAUCAGGUAUAUUGAAACUGGUUGUCAUGGCUUUAUUACUAGCUAGAGAUCUCUGUGUAUAGUCCCAAUGUAUUUGUAGUUUAGAAGAAUCGAACUUCCUUUUUACGUAGUGGAUCCAUAUUUCUUAAUCUCAUUAAACCGCCACAGAAAAGUCGACGCUUCAAAAUACAACAAUUAUUGAUUGUUCC